AUGAAUGUUCGAGAUUUGUUCUAUCCUGAUCCAAAAGAGGGGGAAACAAAAAGAUGUGUUCAAAUUCGACGAAGAGAUACGAUUGCCGUUGUGGAUAGGACAACUCCUCCAAGAAUAAGAUACGAGGUUGACUCGGGACUCUCUCCCGUUAAGAGGCCCAGGUUGAUUCGAGUGUGUAAUUAUUAUCUUUGUCCUAUAUUAACCUUGUCCCUUUUCUCAGUCUAUUCCUUUUAAAUUUCAGGUAGAUUCUUCACGUUCUCCUCCAUAUGUCCGAAAGCUCGCGCCAGCCUCCUCUUCUGGACCAUCGACCAGUCGUAAAGCCUCUGUUGACCUUAAUCGGACCGAUCCCGCGCUUUCAACAACUCAAUUCAGUGGCUUUAGUAAUAUAGGAUGCAGAAGUGCUGAGUCAACUCGAGGUUCUUUCACAUUUACUAGGAGUAGUUUUCCUUCAACUUCGUCUACUUUUGGGUAUCGGCGACUUGAUUUUGCUACUCCAAAAAGACGGAAUCAAGUAAGUUUUAGUGUUGCAGUAUCAUGGGUAAUAUAAUUAAUGCUGCUUAAAGUUACUCAGAAGGUUCACAAAUACGUUUUUAGGUCCCACCAACCAAGAAAACUCUAGCCUCGACGUUGAAGCGACCUGCAGCUCGAGACAUUCAGCGGACUCCCCCAACGAUUUUAAUAGCAGAUCAGACUCGAAACAAAAGCCCGCUCAUAUUUGUAGACGAGCAAUUCACCCCACCGAGACCACGGAUUGUUGAUUUCACACCCGAGAAGCAUGAUAUCACAGUUCAAAGGACAAUAAAGCGACCAGAAGUUGUGAGAGACGAUAUUCAAUUGGAUUUACCUCAAGAUGAUGAGGAAUUUGAGAGGUUUAUGGAGGAAAAGGCGAAGUCGCAAGGAGCAGAUGAGGAUGGGAUUGGACGUUUAGUGGAUAUGUUCGAUAGGGAAGACGAUUAUCAAGAGACUUACACUUUAAGAGGUAAGAUUGUUUGAUGACCUCAUUUUUUUCGCAUUUUUUGUGUGAGACCAUGCGCUUUAUGAUAAAUCCUACGGUUUAGUGACGCCUCGAGAACGGUUGCGGGUUCGAAAACGAGACAUUCACAUUUCAUCGGGUCUCCUUUAUAUCGAAAAUCGGAACAGGAGCAUCAUUGCGAAGCCAGAUAAAGAACUAAACCUGUCGGAAAUUCCGGGAGAUGUCAUCCAAAUGGAACUCUUCAAUACUGAUAAUACCGGUCAGCAUGCUCAUGACGGGAAGGACUUGAUUUUUGGAGAAGUUAGAAUACUGUAA